GCGCUACUGGUAGCUAUAGCUAGGCAGGCAGCCGCCCUCGGAGAGUCGCUCCCUCUCGCAGAAGCAGAACCGCGGCUCUGGGCUCUGGCACCGAGGUUAUUAUGGCGACCGCGGCAGAGCUCGCAGUACCUCUCGCAGCAGCGCAGCGCAGCGGCAGGGAAGCCGAAGCCUAGUGUGCCCCAGCCUGCCCUGCCUCUCUGUGUUGGAGUGUCGCGUGCUUCUCUUUUGCUUCCUUUCCUCUCCUCCCAACCCGAGCCCGAGGCCGAGGCCGAGGGGAAGGAAAAAGCAUUUUAAAAAUACUACUCGACUGGUAGUAGCCGAGAGUAAAAAUCCCACCUCCCGACCCGAGCCGAGCCUCGCCACCCUCCCCGGAGCAUCGCGUACGCCUGCCUCGUAGUAUACCGUAUGUAUCUACAGUGAGGCGGCGCGUGCGGUGCGGUGCGGUGCGGUGCGGCGCGAGGGUUUCGUCUCCGGCGGCGGCGGCAGCAGCGGCGGCGGAGGAGGCGGAGGUUAGAUCUGGGCGGAGGGGAUGGGGAACCGGAUAGGCGGGCGGCGGAGGGCCGGGGUGGAGGAGCGCUACACCAGGCCGCAGGGGCUGUACGAGCACCGGGACAUCGACCAGAAGAAGCUGCGCAAGCUCAUCCUCGAGGCCAAGCUCGCGCCCUGCUACCCGGGGGCCGACGACGCCGCGGGGGGACACCUCGAGGAGUGCCCCAUCUGCUUCCUGUUCUAUCCAAGUCUUAACCGCUCAAAAUGUUGCUCGAAAGGGAUAUGUACAGAGUGCUUUCUUCAAAUGAAACCAACUCAUACUGCUCGGCCUACACAAUGCCCAUUCUGCAAAACUCCCAACUAUGCUGUUGAGUAUCGUGGUGUCAAGACAAAGGAAGAAAGGAGCAUAGAACAGUUUGAAGAACAGAAAGUCAUUGAAGCACAAAUGAGGAUGCGCCAGCAAGCACUUCAAGAUGAAGAGGAUAAGAUGAAAAGAAAACAGAGCAGGUGCUCUUCUAGCAGAACAAUCGCUCCAACAACAGAAGUGGAGUAUCGAGAUAUCUGUAGCACAUCCUAUUCAGUGCCAUCGUACCGAUGUACUGAGCAAGAAACUGAAUGUUGUUCAUCUGAGCCUUCAUGCUCUGCCCAGGCUAAUAUGCGGCCUUUUCAUUCUAGGCAUACUCGUGAUGAUAACAUUGACAUGAAUAUAGAGGAUAUGAUGGUUAUGGAAGCAAUUUGGCGUUCAAUUCAGGAGCAAGGAAGUAUUGGAAAUCCUGUUUGUGGUAGCUUUAUGCCUGUAAUUGAGCCACCCUUGCGUGAACGGCAGGCAUUUGUUCCAGCUCCUCCUCUGGAAAUGCCUCAUCCUGGUGGAUUUUCUUGUGCUGUUGCUGCUAUGACUGAGCACCAGCCACCAAGCAUGGACUUCUCUUACAUGCCCGGUAAUAGUGCGUUCCCAGUCUUUGACAUGUUCCGCCGACCGUGUAACAUUUCUGGUGGAGGCAUGUGUGCUAUAGAGAGUUCACCAGAUAGCUGGAGCGGGAUUGCACCAAGUUGCAGCAGGGAAGUGAUAAGAGAGGAAGGGGAGUGCUCAACCGACCACUGGUCGGAGGGUGCAGAGGCCGGAACAAGCUACGCUGGCUCAGACAUUGUGGCGGAACCAGGGACUAUGCCACUGUUGCCUUUCGCUGAAAAUUACAAUAUGGCACCAAGCCAAUUCCGCCCGGAGAGCAUUGAAGAACAAAUGAUGUAUUCCAUGGCUGUGUCUUUAGCAGAAGCUCAUGGUAGAACACACACGCAAGGGUUGGCAUGGUUGUAACACUGUGAUUUUGACGCCUCCUGCCUCCCCCCGUGCGCUGUCGUUGGUCUGCCACCCCUUCUGCUCCUUUUUGCCACCCCGGCUGUUUUGUUUCUCCUUUUUUGCAUGUGUUGCUUCAUGGUUUGAUAUAGUUCCAGCUAUAGCUCUCCAUUAUUAUUGCUUAUAUGUAUGUAAAAUGGAAUAUGAGGAAGAAAAAGGAAAGAAAAUCGGUCACAGUUCGUAA